AUGACGAACCUCUUUUUCAAUUAUCAGCGCAAACGAUGGCGACUGUCCGGCGCUCGAAGUGCCAAAACAUGGAAGUUCAAAAAGCCAGGAGUGUUUAGCAGACUUUCUCGACUCUUCUGGACGCGGGCUACUUGUACCAGUGUACCUGAACAGCAGUCUGUCCCCGAGAUCCUAAUUAGUGGCCCAGGUGGCACUUUAUUGGAGGGAGACGCUUCCAUACCGACUACAUUGUCAGACCCCGACAAGAUCACUGAGGACAAGAAGGGUGGAGUGAAUGGCAAUUCCUUAAGUCAAUUCCCUCAGGAGGAUUGUGUCCAGCCUUCGCAUAGCCCAGUCGACACACGGCCUAAGAGUAGGUCAUGUAUUCCACUCAGUGACUCUGAUCUGCAGUUGCGAGAACAGCUGCAGUCCGAACGGCCAGAUUCGAUCCUGAUAAACAAGAAGCGAAUCCGGAAAAGUGGUGGCCAGGGCUGUGACUCCAUCGAAGUACCAUUACGCCACCCAUUCUUUGCUGCUUCUGCUUCCCGUGACAAUAGACUGAGUGACUGUAGCGGUAUUCAGUUCCAGCAGACUCCUGAGAUUAUCGAAGCUGUUUCUUACUCUCUCCGAAAGAACGAAAACAUCCCGGCUUAG